GAAGACAUGUUAGUAUGUGUAUUUGUAUUCUUCCAGAUAGUAGAUCUAAUUUAUAAAAAUAAUUACUUUUUUGGGAACAUAAAAGAUGAGUAGGGGUUUCCUUCGAAAGAGUAAAGUUUCAAACACUUUAUCAGUAAUAAUUCAAAAAAAAAAAAAAGUCAUACUUGUCUGUAGGACACGAGAAAAGUUUCAUGUAUCUACUCUUUUCUCUCUUCUCCUCUACACUUGUGCCAUGAUCAUGAAAACCAAAGGCAUCAUUCUUUUUCUCAAAAAGAGAAUUCUUUAGUUGAUUGUAGGUAAUCGCUUUCAUGUAAGUUAAAAUGAAAUCGGAGGUAUAUAUACUAUGAUGAAAGACUUUGGACCUUCGGUAUUUCGGAGACAUGCUUCCCACUCAGCGUUGCACAGUUUCCAGAAGGUGCUUGCUGGCAAUGGAGUCUUGAAAACCUAGUUGAUUAUCAGAUGGUAAAGUUUUUGUCCUUUUGAGAGAAUCGUGAGUAAGAACUUCAGAGGAGAUAAGCAUUGAGCAAGUCUACAGGAAGAAAUAAGACUUCUUUUUCUUUCCCUCUUCUUGUUCUGAAGAGAGUUGGUGGCUGCUGGAAAUUAAGUUCAUUGAUGUUUGUAGCAGCAUAUAAUUUGAUGAGUACUUGAGUUCUUCUCAGAAUCCUGAGGGUUUAAGGAUAGAAAUUCGGGUUUAGCCAUUAUUUUGGGGUUUAACCUUUAUUUUGGAGAUGGUCAUGUUUGUGGAAAGAAAGUUGGUCUUGUUAAUGCAUAGAAAUGAAAGGCCUGUUUCUUCAAUAACUUACCUUCUAAAUUGAUACAUUUGGAGCUAGAAAGAUUUGAAUUGUGUAUAGGAGAUCUUUGCUAAACCUUUCUUCUAUUCAGAAAGUAACUUUAAUUGCUUUACUUGGUUUUGUGUCCUACUCUUGUGACUCUGCUAAAAUUUUAAAUUGGAUAAACCUUGUUUGUCUAAUUUCCAUCAAUGUCUGAGAAAAGUAGGCUUUCUUCAAGGUUUCUUUUCUUCUUGAUUCCCAUUUCUAUGUUUCUUUUCAUCAUUUUCUCUAUGUCCCUUCUUCAACUUAGCAGUACUUCUUUCCUACCCAGUUCUGUUAUCAAGCUUAUUCUUGUUAAUAGUACAUCAAUUUACUUGAAAUCCAAUGUCAAAAAUGAACUUGGCAAAUUUCCUUUCUUCUCUUCUAAGCCAUCGCAAGAUACUAGAUCAUCAAUGAGAAGUGGAGGGGAGAAUUGUUCAAAUUUUGAAGUGGCUGCUUCUGGAAAGCACAUAGGGAAUACAUGUAAUCCAAAUCAAGGUCUCUUAAAGGUCUAUAUGUAUGACAUGCCGCCUGAGUUUCACUUUGGGUUAUUGGGUUGGAAAGGAAAAGCAAAUCAAAUAUGGCCAAAUGUUGAUGACCUUGACCAUAUCCCACUAUACCCUGGUGGGUUGAAUUUACAGCACAGUAUAGAGUACUGGCUGACCCUUGAUCUUCUGGCAUCAAACAGACCAAAGGUGGUCAGACCUUGUGGUGCAGUCAGAGUGGAUAAUUCCAGUCAAGCAGAUAUUAUUUUUGUGCCAUAUUUCUCCUCUCUGAGUUACAACCGACAUUCUAAGCUUCAUGGUAAAGGGAAAGUUAGCAUGAAUAAAAUGUUGCAGAAUAGACUGGUAGAGUUUUUGAUGGGUCAGGAUGAAUGGAAGCGAUCUGGGGGAAGGGAUCAUUUGAUUGUGGCCCACCAUCCAAAUAGCAUGUUGGAUGCUAGAAAAAUGCUGGGCGCUGCCAUGUUUGUGCUUGCAGAUUUUGGGAGAUACCCAGUCGAAAUUGCAAAUCUUAAAAAGGAUGUAAUUGCUCCUUACAAGCAUGUUGUGAGGACCAUUCCAAGUGGUGAAUCAGCUCAAUUUGAGGAGCGUCCCAUAUUAGUGUUUUUCCAAGGAGCAAUAUAUAGAAAGGAUGGAGGAAUUAUUCGCCAAGAAUUAUAUUACCUUCUAAAAGAUGAGAAAGAUGUACAUUUUACAUUUGGAACUGUUCGAAAGAAUGGAGUCAACAAAGCAGGCCAAGGGAUGGCCUCAUCUAAGUUCUGCCUGAAUAUUGCCGGUGAUACCCCAUCCUCAAAUCGCCUCUUUGAUGCCAUUGUGAGUCACUGUGUUCCUGUGAUAAUUAGUGAUGACAUUGAGCUACCAUUUGAAGAUGUCUUAGACUACUCGGAAUUCAGUGUAUUUGUGCGCGCAUCUGAUGCUGUUAAAGAAGGGUACCUGCUGAACCUUCUUCAAAGUAUUGAUCGAGACAAGUGGACCAUGAUGUGGGAAAGACUAAAAGAAAUUGCACCACAUUUUGAAUAUCAGUAUCCAUCCCAGUCUGGUGAUGCUGUGGAUAUGAUCUGGCAGGCAGUAUCACGUAAGCUAUCUCCAGUGCAACUCACAAUUCACAGGAGGAACAGAUAUAGCAGAUUUGAAAUUCAGUGAUUAAAUUGACAAACGACCAUGGGAAAACUUGAUUUUUCUAUUUUUGGUCUUACAUGCGCAGAGCCUGGUGGAUCUUUUUUGCUGGGUGUGGUUUUUGGAGAAGAUACAAGCUUAGGCUUUUGCAGAAGAUCUGUAAGGGCAUUUAUUAUCUAUAGUUCUUUUUGACUCUUGUUUUUGCCGGUAUAUUUGCAGACAAUAUCUUUAUCCCACAUUAAAUGGCAAUCACCUUUAUAGGAUUCUGUUUA